UCGGAUCUUUCGUUUACAUUUCAUCUUUCACUUCCCAUUCCGUGUAGUUCUGCUUCGAUGGCAGAUUGUGAAGCUCCCUCCUUCUCUCUCGGUCUUGAUUUGGAUCACACUGUCGAUGAAUCAGCUCCUCGUUCUCCGCUCAGUCCUACCCGUGCUUCUGCGCGCGCGGAGGAUGAGGAAGGCUUCGGCCCCGAUGUGGCCGAGUCCGACCCGGAUAUGGCUCCUGACCCACCACCUCGGAUUCUGAAGAGGCUACGCCGAGGGCCAGGUGAUGGGUCGGCGUCGUCCGUCCAGAGGCAGAAGGGGCUUCCGUCGGGUUUUGACGGUGAUGAUGAUAUCGAGGAUUUCUCUGACGAGGAAGACCUUCACGGUCAAGCACGCCCAUCAAAAUGGAAUCAACCUUUAUGUAGCAGCUCCAAAGUUUCAUUGAAUGGGUCUGGAGUUUUAACUACUCAUUCAUCUGGAAACUGCAAACAAAGAAAAAUAAAAGAAUCUUCAGGAGGUGUCCUGGGUUCUGCCACGAUGGAGAUGGGCCAGAGUGGGUUGAUGUUUCCAAAGUUGACAACUAGUCCUCUUCGUAGGUUUCAGUUACUUGAUUCUGAUUCUGAUUCUGAUGAGCCUGUAAGUGAAGAUGUUAGGGGUGGCCACAAGAUUGAUCCAUGCUUCAAGGAACCAUCAUGUAAGUCAAGCGAAUUUGUAACUUCUUUUGACCAAAGUAGAAAAGCAUCAAUUAGGAGGCACCAAAAUCAGGAUCUAUGGAAAGAUUUCUCUCCAGUGAAGAGCUUUUCAAUUCCAACACCUGCACUGAAUGAGGUUUGUGAAGAAUACUUCCGUUCUGCAAUAGACAAAGACAUGGAAACACCAGUAUCAACAAGUCACAAUGAGAGCUUGUUUGAGUCCACCAGCUGUCAAAGGAAUGAACAAAUAUGGAAUUCAGCUUAUCCACCUCCUCCAGCCCAUCAAUAUUUUUUCCACAAGGAUCCAAGAAUUAGGCAAUUAGUUCGAAGUCGCCUGUGCAAUUUUUAUCCGCUAGGUGUUGACAAAGUGAACCACCAACCUAACGCAUCACAUAUUGAUUACAUGGGACAAUUUGGCAAUGGAGAAGCUUCCAAAAGAAAGGAAGUUCGGAAUGGUUGUGUUGAGAAAAGUUCGACUAGAGGAAGAAAGAAACCAAAAGAAGUGGCUGUUGAAGAACCUGUUCAUGCUUCUGGGGGCUGGGUGACUCCGAAAAUUAAUUCUUCUUUAGACGGUGGGGAAUCUUCUAAGAGGACAGCAGCCAAAAGAAGUAAAACAAAAACUUUGUCAAAAGGAAAAAGUAAAGCAAACAUGCCUGCUUCUUCAGAAAUCUUGCAUGCUUCUGCAAAUUGGGUGGAACCAAAGAACUGUGCCAACAGGCCGAAGGAUGCAGGCAGAAGACGUGUUCAAGCAAAGGGUAAAUCUGUGGGUCAUUGGUUUACGGCAUCAGAUGGAAGAAAGGUAUAUGUCACCAAAGAUGGGCAGGAGUUGACAGGCCGAGCUGCUUAUAGGCAUUAUCGGAGGGAAAGUGGGUCAGGAUUCAAAAAAUCAAAGAAGGGAACCAGUGCCAAGAAGAAAACGAACUGA